AUGGAAGACGUUUAUGGAUGUCGUGAAUUCCUGUUAAUAAAUGAUGUACUGCAGCACCAAAAGGCUGAUUAUUUAGCUCAAGACAUUCUUAGUGUGCGCUGCAAGAUUCGGAAAGGAGAAGGAAGCAUUCACAGUGUUGGACAAAGUACUGCUCGGACACGCAUCGGAAUGGAAAAAAUUUCUUUUCUUCAUAAAUUAGAAAGCUUCAGUGCACUCGAACCAAAUCAGAAGAAAACUCUCCAGCUCCCAUCUCGUUCAAAAACAGAUUGCAUAAUUUCUAGCAGUGUAUAUUUAACUGGUUGUACAUGCCAUGAUGAGAAGAUAAUGGUGGAAAUCAGGCCUGAUGUUAGUAGUUAUAUCCUUUUUAAGCUGAAACUCUAUUUGCUAGAUGGGUCUGGAAAUAAUACAAAAUGUGGCGAAAUCGAUAGAUUUGAUGCUACAUUAAAAGACAUUCAAAAACUGCCCCUCUCUCUCACUAGACAAAAAAUUCUGAGCAGAAAAAGUGAGUUUUUGCCAAAUGAUGAGCUGUCAUUGUUAUGCGAAUGUACUUUUUCCACUGGAGUGGAGUUAGAAAAAAUCGAGGAAAUUCGAUUUAUGCUACCUGUGGCAAACUUAAAUCAGAAUUUUUACAAUUUGACAAAUAAAGAUAUCUAUAAUACAGCUGAAAAACUGUCUGCCUGUUCUAGCGCUCUGAACGAUCUGAAAACAAUUUACGACAAUCAGUGCUUUACAGAUGUCGAGCUCAAAACUAAAACAAAAUCGUUUCCUGCCCACAAACUUGUGCUGUGUGCUAGAUCCUCUGUAUUCAAAGCCAUGUUAACCAGUAACAUGAUGGAAAAACACACGGACUGCAUCAGAGUGGAUGAUUUAGAAAAUGAUACAGUACAGCAACUUCUGCUUUUCUUGUACUCCGAUGAACUCGAAAAUCUGGUGUGGGAAUCUGCUGUUAAACUGUACUACGCGGCGGACAAAUACGCUGUUGAAAAACUAAAGGUGCUGUGCUCUUCCGUUUUGGUUAACAACAUCAGCACAACCACCGCAAGUGAAGUUCUGCUACUUGCAGAUAAGCACAAUGAUUUGGAUCUCAAGAAUUUCGUAGAAGAUUUCAUUUUGGAACACGAAGAGGAGAUUUUUGCUUCAGACGAAUGGGAAAAACUCAUAGAAACAGAUCCUCAAUUAGUUAUUAAGACAAUGCAUUUGAAAUACAAGAGGAAAAAAGGAGGUAAAUGA